GACGAUAGGCGGUUCUCCGAGGACCAAUAAACAACGAGGACACUGCGGGGUGUGCGGCGGCUCAAGCGGUUUUAAACGGCUUAGAGCAGGCCCCUCGGUUCUGACCCAGCGGAGAUUUAUUUAUUUAUUAUAUAUGAGUACACUGUAGCUGUCUUCAGACACACCAGAAGAGGGCAUCAGUUCUCAUUACAGAUGGUUGUGAGCCACCAUGUGGUUGCUGGGAUUUGAACUUAGGACCUCUGGAAGAGCAGUCAGUGCUCUUAACCACUGAGCCAUCUCUCCAGCCCUGAUUAACUCUUUAUUAACCAAUCAAAGGUGAUUGAAAACAGUUUACACAACACUGAGACAGGAGGUGCUUGACCAAUGCCAACAUUCAGACUGCAGUCGGAUCUCUGGGCUCAGUGAUCAGCAUCUGAAUAAACUUACCUCAAAAGCUGGAAACCUCAAGUUGCUGGUAAGAAAAGUAACUUGAUUUGACUAUUCACAUCUGCAAUCUGAAAGAGUGGACCUGCAUUGGUGGUAGCACACACCUUUAUUCCUAGCACUCGGGAGGCAGAGGCAGGUGAGUCUCUGAAUUCGAGGCCAACCAGUCUACAGAUUCAGUUCCAGGAUGGCCAGGGCCGUCUCAAAAAAAAACAAAACAAAACAAAAACAAAAACAAAAACCAAAAAAGACACUUAUGAUUCAUACUAAACAGUCAGAGACUGGUUGAUUUUUAAAAAGGAUCUUACAAAUAAUUUACAAAUCAUUAAUGAUUGCUUAGAGAACUGACUUUAUUUCUUAGGUAUAGAACCAGAUACAGACAGGAAGUUAGGACUGGUAUUUCACUUACCCUUGAACUUCCAAAAUUGUUGGAAGGGGCAUACAAAAUGGUUCAUACUGCUACUUUGGAAAAUGACUAUUUACUUGUAAGAUUAAAUGUACACUUGCAUACCACAAAGCAUGUGGGUAUUUACUUAAGAGAAAUAAAACUGAACAUAUAUACAAAAACCUGUGUGGGAAGGCUGUUAGCAAUUUCUUUUCAAACCAUGUUAACAAUUUAGUGUCAUGACCUGAUAAAUAGGAACAUAAUAUUUAUAAUCUUGCAAUCAAGUAAUAAAAAGGAAGAAAUCACUGUUAUAUGUAUCUGCAGAUGUUAUUUUUGAUUUACGUAUUCUUGGGUAUAGAACACAGGGACUCAGAGUUGAUGAAUAAGUUGGGAGAGACAAAAAUUAGUGAAAAAAUUGAUACUCAGUGAUAAUCUUCAAAGAUCUCAAAGACCAUGUAUUUACUUUUUGAGUUUUGGAGGUUUUGUUUUGUUUUAACUUUAAUUGUGUGGAGGUCAGAGAACUUUGUAGGGUUCUCUCCUUGCAUCUCUAUGUGGUUCCAGAGACUCAACUAAGGUUGCUAGACUUGUUCAGUAAAUACCCUUACCUGAUGAUGGAUCAAGAAAAAGUACUGGUUAUUCCCUGAGGUAUUAAUGCAGUUUACCUACAAAAGAACUUCCUUUUAUGUUUUGGGGUUUUUUUAAGAUUUUUUUUUUUUAUUUUUAAGAACUUCCUUUUAAAGUACAUAAUUGCAUAUACCAAUUGCAUUUGUAUACAAUAUUCCUUUGCUUACAUAGACUUGCGAAUUCUUAGGGAAUUUUUGAUAGGCCAUUCAUAAGAGGGGAAAGUUAUCUUAGUUUUUUUGCCUCCUAGUACCAUCCUACCUAUCUGAUAUUACCUAGGAGCCUUCCUUUAGCUGUGAAGGAAGUCUGUGAAAGGACAAGGGGAAGCAUUGAAAGCUGCUAGAAUUUCCAAGUCUUUCUGUAGCAAUUUGAAAAUUGCUACUUCUUAGGGAAGUUAAUGGGGGGAAAAAGCAGCUUCAUGAUUUACUCUGAUGGUUUGAUUAUUGUUUAAUCACCCUUCGAAAACUUUAGAAUUAAUGGUAUUGGGAACUAGUCAUCUCCUUUAUUUCUGUGAUAUUAUCUUUAUUACUACCAAACCAGAGAUCCACUUCCAAGUUGUUCCAUUAUUUAUCUCCUACUUUGGAAAACCUCUGAGCUAGAGGCAGCACCCUGGGUCUACAGACCUCUCGGUAAAGGUCGCUGUGGCCCCUUUAAGCGUUCUGUGUGCGUGCAAAGGAGCAUUGAGGGUGGGGCGGGCACUCUUGACAGCGGUGCUCCUGUCCCCGCCCUGUAGGAGGCGGUUCCCAGCAGCUGACUUACCAAUGCCGCUGCCUCCCGCCUGCUACCGGGUAUUCCUGCUGAUCCUGCACGGACAUAUAUUAGGGUCGACCUCGCCCUGCUAGGGUAGCGAGUACUUUUAACUCCAAGAGAAAACUAGAAGCACAAUGGGAGAUGAUAGUGAGUGGUUGAAACUACCAGUUGAUCAGAAAUGCGAACACAAGCUGUGGAAAGCAAGAUUAAGUGGGUAUGAAGAGGCCCUGAAGAUCUUCCAGAAAAUAAAGGAUGAAAAGAGUCCAGAAUGGUCCAAAUACUUAGGAUUAAUCAAAAAAUUUGUCACAGAUUCCAACGCAGUGGUUCAAUUGAAAGGACUAGAAGCUGCACUUGUCUAUGUUGAAAAUGCUCAUGUUGCAGGAAAAACAACAGGUGAAGUUGUAUCGGGUGUCGUAAGUAAAGUCUUCAACCAACCUAAAGCCAAAGCCAAGGAGCUAGGCAUAGAGAUUUGCCUCAUGUACGUAGAGAUUGAGAAAGGAGAGUCUGUACAAGAAGAGCUCCUGAAAGGCCUGGAUAAUAAGAACCCCAAGAUCAUAGUGGCCUGUAUAGAAACACUGAGGAAAGCCUUAAGUGAAUUUGGUUCCAAAAUCAUCUUACUAAAGCCAAUUAUUAAAGUGUUGCCAAAACUAUUUGAAUCUCGAGACAAGGCUGUUCGGGAUGAAGCCAAACUAUUUGCUAUAGAGAUUUAUCGAUGGAAUCGAGAUGCUGUGAAACACACAUUACAAAAUAUAAAUUCUGUCCAGUUGAAAGAAUUAGAAGAAGAGUGGGUCAAGCUGCCAACAGGUGCUCCUAAGCCAAGUCGGUUUCUGCGUUCCCAACAAGAACUGGAAGCUAAACUGGAACAGCAACAGUCAGCGGGUGGAGAUGCAGAAGGGGGUGGUGAUGAUGGUGAUGAGGUACCACAGAUAGAUGCUUAUGAGCUUUUGGAAGCAGUAGAGAUCCUUUCCAAACUUCCCAAAGACUUUUAUGACAAAAUUGAGGCAAAAAAAUGGCAAGAGAGGAAAGAAGCUCUGGAGGCUGUAGAAGGGCUGGUGAGAAGCCCCAGACUGGAAGCCGGCGACUACGCAGAGUUAGUCAAGGCGCUGAAGAAGGUUGUUGGAAAGGACACCAAUGUCAUGUUGGUAGCUUUGGCAGCAAAAUGUCUUACUGGCUUAGCUGUUGGACUAAGAAAGAAAUUUGGACAAUAUGCAGGACAUGUUGUGCCAACAAUUUUGGAAAAAUUCAAAGAAAAGAAGCCUCAAGUAGUGCAAGCCCUUCAGGAGGCCAUUGAUGCCAUCUUCCUCACUACCACACUACAGAACAUCAGUGAGGAUGUUUUAGCAGUAAUGGAUAAUAAAAACCCCACCAUCAAGCAGCAGACAUCACUUUUUAUUGCAAGAAGCUUUCGUCACUGCACUUCCUCUACAUUGCCGAAGAGUCUACUAAAGCCCUUUUGUGCUGCUCUCCUUAAGCACAUCAAUGAUUCUGCUCCUGAAGUCAGAGAUGCUGCGUUUGAAGCACUGGGUACUGCUUUGAAAGUGGUUGGUGAGAAAACAGUAAAUCCAUUUUUAGCUGAUGUUGACAAACUGAAACUUGAUAAGAUCAAAGAGUGUUCAGAAAAAGUAGAACUGGUUCAUGGUAAAAAAUCUGGACUUGCAGCUGAAAAGAAGGAAUCUAAGCCUCUACCUGGAAGGGCUGCUGCAUCAGGGGCUGCAGGGGACAAAGACACAAAGGAUGUUUCGGGACCCAAACCAGGACCGUUAAAAAAAGCACCUGCUACUAAGGCUGGUGGACCACCUAAGAAAGGCAAAACAACUGCACCAGGUGGUUCAGCAAGUUCUGGAACAAAGAAUAAGAAAGGAUUGGAGACCAAAGAAAUAGCAGAGCCAGAACUCUCAAUUGAAGUAUGUGAAGAAAAAGCUUCAGCUGUUCUUCCUCCCACCUGUAUUCAACUUCUAGAUAGUAGCAACUGGAAGGAAAGGCUGGCCUGUAUGGAAGAGUUCCAAAAGGCUGUUGAACUAAUGGAGCGAAGUGAAAUGCCUUGCCAGGCAUUGGUGAAGAUGCUCGCAAAAAAACCUGGAUGGAAAGAAACUAAUUUUCAGGUCAUGCAGAUGAAGCUUCACAUUGUUGCCUUGAUUGCCCAGAAGGGAAAUUUUUCUAAAACUUCUGCUCAGAUUGUAUUAGAUGGCCUUGUAGACAAGAUUGGAGAUGUGAAAUGUGGGAACAAUGCAAAAGAAGCUCUGACAGCGAUAGCUGAAGCAUGUAUGUUGCCCUGGACAGCUGAACAGGUGAUGUCAAUGGCCUUCUCACAAAAGAAUCCCAAGAAUCAGUCAGAAACUCUAAACUGGCUAUCAAAUGCAAUAAAAGAAUUUGGAUUUUCUGAAUUGAAUGUCAAAGCUUUCAUUAGCAAUGUGAAGACUGCCCUUGCUGCAACAAAUCCAGCUGUGAGGACUUCUGCCAUCACCCUGCUUGGUGUGAUGUAUCUGUAUGUCGGUCCUUCUUUGAGAAUGAUCUUUGAGGAUGAGAAGCCUGCCCUCCUAUCCCAGAUAGAUGCAGAAUUUCAAAAGAUGCAGGGACAAAGCCCACCCGCUCCAACCAGAGGAAUUUCUAAGCACAGCACAAGUGGUACGGAUGAAGGAGAUGAUGGAGAUGAACCAGGUGAUGGGAGUAAUGAUGUUGUUGAUCUUUUGCCAAGAGUUGAGAUCAGUGACAAAAUUACUUCAGAGUUGGUGUCUAAGAUUGGUGACAAGAAUUGGAAGAUCAGGAAAGAAGGCCUAGAUGAAGUGGCAGGUAUUAUCAAUGAAGCAAAAUUUAUCCAACCAAAUAUAGGUGAACUUCCAACUGCCUUGAAGGGUCGACUGAAUGAUUCAAACAAAAUCUUGGUGCAGCAAACCUUGAAUAUCCUUCAGCAACUGGCAGUAGCCAUGGGUCCAAACGUCAAGCAGCAUGUAAAGAACUUAGGCAUCCCUAUCCUUACUGUUCUUGGAGAUAGCAAGAACAAUGUUCGAGCUGCUGCCCUAGCGACUGUGAAUGCUUGGGCAGAACAAACUGGCAUGAAAGAAUGGCUGGAGGGAGAAGAUCUUUCUGAAGAACUUAAAAAAGAAAAUCCUUUCUUGAGGCAAGAGCUUCUGGGAUGGCUGGCAGAGAAACUGCCUAUGCUUCGCUCCACUCCCACAGAUCUUAUCCUUUGUGUUCCUCAUCUGUAUUCCUGUCUAGAAGACCGAAAUGGAGAUGUACGGAAGAAGGCACAAGAUGCUUUGCCGUUCUUUAUGAUGCAUUUAGGAUAUGAAAAGAUGGCUAAAGCUACUGGGAAACUAAAGCCAACUUCUAAAGAUCAAGUACUGGCCAUGCUAGAAAAGGCCAAAGCUAACAUGCCAUCCAAGCCAGCUGCACCUUCUAAGGCAGUGUCCAAACCAAUGGGAGGCUCAGCUCCAGCCAAAACCCAGCCUAUACCAGCACCUGUUGAAGAUUCUGUUUCCAACACCAUGGAAGCUAAGCCUGAUCCAAAAAAGGCUAAAGCUCCGGGAGUUUCCUCCAAAGCAAAGAGUGCACAAGGGAAGAAAGUGCCAAGCAAAACCACCUUAAAGGAAGAUGAUGAUAAAUCUGGGCCUAUUUUCAUUGUUGUUCCAAAUGGAAAGGAACAAAGGAUGCGAGAUGAGAAAGGAUUGAAGGUGCUAAAGUGGAAUUUUACUACCCCACGUGAUGAAUAUAUUGAACAGCUGAAGACCCAGAUGUCUAGCUGUGUGGCUAAAUGGUUACAAGAUGAAAUGUUUCAUGCAGAUUUUCAGCAUCACAAUAAAGCCCUGGCUGUUAUGGUUGAUCACUUGGAAAGUGAAAAAGAUGGUGUCAUCAGCUGCUUAGAUCUUAUCUUAAAAUGGCUUACCCUCCGGUUUUUCGACACCAAUACAAGUGUCCUAAUGAAAGCACUGGAAUAUUUAAAAUUGCUCUUCACGCUCCUGAGUGACGAAGAGUAUCAUCUCACUGAGAAUGAAGCAUCCUCCUUUAUCCCCUAUCUCAUCCUCAAGGUUGGAGAACCAAAGGAUGUCAUUCGUAAAGAUGUCCGUGCUAUCCUGAACCGGAUGUGCCUUGUCUACCCAGCCAGCAAAAUGUUCCCCUUCAUCAUGGAAGGAACUAAGUCCAAAAACUCUAAGCAGAGAGCAGAGUGCCUGGAAGAGCUAGGUUGCUUAAUUGAGUCCUAUGGUAUGAAUGUUUGUCAGCCAACCCCAGGAAAAGCCUUAAAGGAGAUAGCUAUUCACAUAGGAGACCGAGACAAUGCUGUACGGAAUGCUGCCCUCAACACCAUUGUAACAGUGUACAAUGUGCAUGGAGAUCAGGUGUUCAAACUGAUUGGAAAUCUUUCUGAGAAGGACAUGAGCAUGCUUGAGGAGAGGAUAAAGCGGUCAGCAAAGAGACCUUCUGCUGUACCCGUGAAACAGGCCGAAGAGAAACCUCAGCGCACACAGAAUAUAAACUCUAAUGCCAACAUGCUACGCAAGGGACCAGCUGAGGACAUGUCCUCCAAACUUAAAAUUAUGUAUCGCACUUAUAGGAUUCAAGCUCGAAGCAUGAGUGGGCAUCCUGAAGCAGCUCAGAUGGUUCGCCGAGAAUUCCAGCUGGAUUUAGAUGAGAUUGAAAAUGAUAAUGGUACAGUCCGAUGUGAAAUGCCAGAGCUUGUCCAGCACAAACUUGAUGACAUUUUUGAGCCUGUCCUUAUUCCUGAACCUAAGAUCCGGGCUGUUUCUCCACAUUUUGAUGACAUGCACAGUAAUACAGCAUCCACAAUCAAUUUCAUUAUCUCCCAAGUAGCCAGUGGUGACAUCAGCACAAGUAUCCAAGCUCUGACACAGAUUGAUGAGGUCCUGAGGCAGGAAGAUAAAGCUGAAGCUAUGUCUGGCCACAUUGAUCAGUUUCUGAUAGCAACCUUCAUGCAGCUAAGACUCAUCUACAGCACACACAUGGCAGAUGAGAAGUUGGACAAGGAUGAAAUCAUCAAGUUGUAUAGCUGUAUCAUUGGCAACAUGAUUUCGCUAUUUCAGAUAGAGAGCCUGGCCCGGGAGGCCUCCACUGGAGUGCUGAAAGACCUGAUGCACGGCCUAAUCACCUUAAUGCUGGAUUCUCGGAUUGAAGAUCUGGAGGAAGGACAGCAGGUGAUUCGUUCUGUGAACCUCUUGGUGGUGAAGGUUUUGGAGAAAUCAGACCAGACCAAUAUCCUCAGUGCCCUGCUUGUUUUACUUCAGGACAGCUUGCUAGCAACAGCUAGUUCUCCCAAAUUCUCAGAGCUUGUUAUGAAGUGUCUAUGGAGAAUGGUUCGACUAUUGCCUGACACCAUCAACAGCAUUAACCUAGACCGAAUCCUUCUGGACAUCCACAUUUUCAUGAAGGUCUUUCCCAAAGAGAAAUUGAAGCAAUGCAAAAGUGAAUUUCCUAUAAGGACUCUAAAGACCCUUCUCCAUACUUUAUGCAAAUUAAAAGGACCUAAGAUCCUAGACCACCUUACAAUGAUUGAUAAUAAGAAUGAGUCAGAACUGGAGGCCCACCUGUGCCGGAUGAUGAAGCACAGUAUGGACCAGACUGGGAGCAAGUCUGAUAAGGAAACAGAAAAGGGAGCUUCCCGAAUAGAUGAAAAAUCAUCAAAGGCCAAAGUAAAUGAUUUCUUAGCUGAGAUUUUUAAGAAGAUUGGCUCUAAAGAGAACACUAAGGAGGGCCUAGCAGAGUUAUAUGAAUAUAAGAAGAAAUAUUCAGAUACUGACAUUGAACCAUUUCUGAAAAAUUCCUCACAGUUCUUUCAGAGUUAUGUUGAGAGAGGCCUUCGGGUGAUUGAGAUGGAGAGGGAAAGCAAAGGCCGCAUUCCCACUUCAGCAGGCAUUUCCCCUCAGAUGGAGGUCACAUGUGUGCCCACCCCCACAAGCACAGUGUCCUCUCUAGGUAACACAAAUGGAGAAGAAGUGGGGCCAUCUGUCUACCUGGAAAGGCUAAAAAUUCUCCGGCAGCGGUGUGGUCUUGACAACACAAAGCAAGAUGACCGGCCUCCACUGACCUCUUUGCUCUCCAAACCAGCAAUUCCUCCAGUCGCCUCUUCCACAGACAUGCUCCACAGCAAGCUCUCACAGCUCCGGGAGUCCCGGGAGCAGCACCAGCACUCAGACCUGGAUUCCAACCAGACCCACUCUGCAGGAACCAUGACCUCCUCCUCCUCCACAGCUAACAUCGAUGACUUGAAAAAGAGACUGGAGAGAAUAAAGAGCAGUCGCAAAUGAAGCUGCCCAUCCCUCAGCACUCUGCAGCGUUAGUUUACUAAUCUAGAAGUCCUAUAGUGUGAAGCGGCCACUGCAGGCCUCAUUGUACACAAACUGGUUGUAUGGAUCAGACUGCAGAUGGGGAAGAGCAGUGGCAGCUCAAGUCUGCACAUGCUCUGCUUCUGGAAGACUGACUGUGGGUUAGGUUAGUGUACAGACUUCUAAACAGCUGCUCCCUCAGCUCAGAGUAGGUUCCAUAUCUUUUUUUGUUUUGUUUUAAUGGCUCAUUUGUAAAAUUGUCCUAAUUUUUCCUAGCUUUCAGCCAUUAGAAACUCUUUUAAUAGUUCCUUUUGAGUUGUGAGCUCUUCUUCUGUAGCCCUGAAGGGACACUGUAUUCUGUAUGAAUGCAUGGCAUGAGACAACUAAUUUAAGAGUCUUUUAUAAAUAAAGUUUGCAUUAACUAUA